AUGGCUGCAGAAAAUUGGAACAACUCGCGCUACCGAACCUCAGUUGCAGCACGUUUGGUAGAAAGAGUGUACUUAAUGGAAAAGAAUCGGGUAUCAGAAGAACCCUCACAGUUGUUGCCGGAAAUGCUCAACUUCACUUUACAUGAAACUUUGAUCAGCGAAUGCGAUAACUCCAUAUAUGGUGCCAUUUUCGAAUACUCCGGCCACUACUACGACAAUCACCGAAACAUCCCUAGUUUGAGAACACCUCCGCGUUACGUGAUCGCGUUCCGUGGCACAGACUUGAAACCAGACACUAUGUUCUGUGAUGCGUUACAGGAUCUCCGGAUCGCCUUCGGCAGGCUCCAUCGCGGCACAAGGUUUUCACACGCAAUCCAUGCAAUCAUGAACAUGGUGGCCAAACACAAAGACACAUCUAUUUGGCUCGCUGGUCACUCUCUAGGAGCUGGCCUCGCAUUGCUGGCCGGAAAGACCAUGGCAAUGUCUGGAGUCAACCUAGAGAGUUACAUUUUCAACCCACCCAUUAUGACUUUUCCUAUGGAGCAGAUAUCUAAUUGCAGAUUGAUAAAAGGUGGUAUUGGAUUCACUGCGAGUGUCAUCAAAGCCAGCAUAGCCAAGAUCUUUAAGGAUCUUGAGGAAGAUGAUCCAUCCACGAGUAUAGCAUCAUGGACACCUAAUUUAUAUGUGAACCCAAGAGAUCUAAUCUGCGCAGAAUACAUUGGUUAUUUCAAGAACAAAAAAUUCAUGGCUAAGAUGAAAUUUUUGAGCAAAAUCGAAAGGAUCGCCUCUAAAUACCCAAUAAGGAGUAUAUUCUUUGGAAAAGAUGAGCCUCUUCACCUUCUUUCAUCGGCUUAUAUGACUGUUAAUAUCAGCGAAUCGCAUGGCAGGAGAAGAGCUUGUAAACCUCGCAAUUGGUUGAAUAAGAGGAUUGAAGCUCAUAGGCUUCACCAAUGGUGGGAUGAGUCGAUCAAUUGUCUCGCAAAACAGAAAUCGUGCAGUUUGGGACUUACCUCGGCGGCCGCAAGACUUCGGCAGCCUUUCUUGCGGCCGCCGCCUCCUCUCUUGCAGCCACCUCCUCCUCUCUUGCAGCCACCUCCUCCUCUCUUGCAGUCGCCUCCUCACUACAAGAAAACUGUUUAUUAG